AUGUCUAUGUGUCUAUAUGUGUAUGUGCCAUACAUAUGUAUUCACAUGAAUGCCGGCACGGCCAAGUCCCGCUGGGGCAUGCGGGCGGACGCCUGGGCCUCUGCUCCCUGGGGCCGCGGCGUAUGCAGCGCAGCCCUGGACGUGGGACUCUAUUUUCACACUUUUGUACGGAGCCUUCGAGCCCCAGGUUUUCACUCUAGGCUGUCUGUCUGGAUGGCGGUUUUCAGACCUCCAUUAACAUCCCUACCCAGCAUUCCCAACUUCGGGGGCCUUCUCUCUUGUUAUAAACUUUUUACCAAGUGA